AUGGCAUUAUUGCCGGGCGAAUUUGUCUAUUUAUCGGAUGAGGAUAACGUCGCUCAGUACUUCCUAGCCCAAUGCUCGCUUCAUACUACAUGUGCACAAUGUGCUGUUGACCCGUAUUGUUCAUGGAAUCCUGCUCGUGGAUUGUGUUAUAGACGUGAACAAUCUCACUUAUCGGUAGCUGGAUGGGUCACUUCCAAUUCUAAAGAUGCUGACAAAUGUCUAGGGCAUGUAAAACGGAUGACGACUAAUGCCUAUAUUGGUGAUACAUUGCACCUUAAAUGUGCGGCGCAGUCAACAUGGAUUUUCAAUACUGAGCCAAUUUUGCCAUCUGAAAAGAGACAAUUAACUACCGAAGGAGGACUUGUCGUUUUCAAUGCAAGUGUUACUUAA